AUGGCGAAAGAAGGCGAGCGGUCAGCUCCCGUUGACAAGGGAAAGGGCAAGGUUGAUGAUGUGAAGGAUUUGGCUGGAGGAAAGAAGCCUCAGGAGGAAGAAAAGCCACAGGCAGAUGGCAAGAAGAAGGAUGAGGAGCCCCAAGAAGAGGAACUGAGUGAGGAGGACCAGCAACUGAAAAAUGAGCUUGAAAUGCUCGUUGAGAGGUUAAAGGAACCCGAUACGUCGCUGUACGGCCCCGCCUUGGACGCCAUCAAGACUUUUAUCAAGACCUCGACUUCUUCUAUGACUGCGGUUCCCAAGCCUCUCAAGUUCUUACGACCAUACUACGAUGACCUCACGGCCCUUUAUGACAGCUGGCAGACCGGCUCCGUCAAGGAGUCGUUGGCGGAUAUGCUGUCGGUUCUUGGAAUGACCUACGGCGACGAAGAGAAACUCGAGACGCUCAAGUACCGUCUUCUGACGAAAUCGGAAGACCUCGGCUCCUGGGGCCACGAAUACAUCCGUCACCUCGCCUUGGAAAUUGGUCAGGAAUACCAGAAUCGAUUGAACGCCGAGAAGGAUGUGCAGGACCUCAUUGACCUCGCGCUGUCUCUGGUCCCGUACUUCUUGAGCCACAACGCCGAAGCCGAUGCUGUUGACCUUCUGAGUGAGCUGGAGAUCAUCGAAGAAAUCCCCCGCUUCUUGGACGAGAACACAUAUUCGCGCGUUUGCCUGUACAUGGUCUCUAUGGUCAACCUCCUGACGUAUCCCGAGGACCAACAAUUUCUCCGCACCGCCCACGAGAUCUAUGUCCGCUACAACGAACUCACCAAGGCCAUCGUCCUCGCCAUUCGCCUGAACGACACCGAACUUAUUAAGAGCGAUCUCAACGCCACAUCGGACCGGUCGCUCAAGAAGCAAAUGGCGUUCUUGGUCGCUAGACAGCAAAUAUCGCUUGACAUGCCGGAAGAGGAGGAGGAUGAAUCCUUCAUGGAGAGUCUGAACAACACCUCGAUUCCGAACCACUUCAAGUCGCUUGGAAAGGAGCUCAACAUUCUCGACCCGAAAAUGCCCGAGGAUAUCUACAAGACGCAUCUUGAGUCUAGUCGUGGUGCCGGCCUCACAAAUGUCGACUCCGCAAGACACAAUCUCGCCAGCGCCUUCGUUAACGCUUUCGCCAACUCCGGCUUCGGUAACGAUAAGAUGAUGCUCGUGGAAGGCGAUAAGGGCCCGUGGGUUUGGAAGACAAAGGAUGACGGAAUGCUGUCCACGACGGCGUCGAUGGGUAUGCUCUUGCACCGAGAUCCCGAAGUUGGUCUGGACAAGAUCGACAAGUAUACAUAUGCCUCGGAGGAGCAGAUCAAGGCCGGUGCGCUCUUGGGUAUUGGUCUCAUCAACUCGGGUGUCCGUCUGGAUUCCGAUCCAGCUCUGGCUAUCUUGAGCGAUCCCGAGAACCUUGAGUCUAAGAGCGUGCCCAUGCGAGUCGCUUCCAUCAUGGGUCUCGGCUUGGCUUAUGCUGGCUCCAAUAAGGAAGAGCUCCUUGAUGCUCUGCUUCCUAUUGUUGAGGAUGUCUCGCUCGACAUGCAGCUCUCUGCUAUGGCAGCUGUCUCUUUGGGUCUUGUUUUUGUGGGUUCCUCAAACCACCAAGUUAGCGAGGCCAUCGCCACGACGUUGAUGGACGAGGAGCGACAGAAGCACCUCAAGGACAAGUGGACUCGUUUCAUGGCCCUUGGUCUGGCACUGCUGUACUUCGGCCGUCAAGAAGAAGUCGAUGUUAUCCUUGAUAUCCUGAAGGCUGUCGAUCACCCCAUGGCCAAGCCCACUUCCGUUCUAGCAUCUGUCUGCGCGUGGGCGGGAACUGGCACGGUGUUGAAGCUGCAGGAGCUCCUUCACAUCUGCAACGACAUCAUUGAAGACAAUGACGAGAAUAAGGGAGAUGAGCUAGUCCAGUCGUACGCGGUCUUGGGCCUGUCGCUGAUUGCUAUGGGAGAGGAAGUUGGCCAAGAUAUGAUUCUCCGUCAAUUCGGCCACCUUAUGCACUACGGCGCCAGCAACAUCCGCAAGGCAGUUCCCCUUGCCAUGGGCUUGAUCUCGCCCAGCAACCCUCAAAUGAAGGUUUAUGAUACGCUAUCCAGGUACAGCCAUGACAACGACAACGACGUUGCUAUCAACGCGAUCUUUGCCAUGGGUCUGUGUGGUGCCGGUACUAACAAUGCUCGUCUGGCACAGCUGCUCCGACAGCUGGCGAGCUACUACCAUCGCGACCAAAACUCGCUGUUCAUGGUCCGCAUUGCCCAAGGUCUUCUGCACAUGGGCAAGGGCACGAUGACGCUCAACCCCUUCCACACAGAUCGCCAGGUUCUGUCCCGCGUAUCAGCUGCGGGCCUGCUCACCGUUCUGGUGUCUAUGAUUGAUGCUAAGCAGUUCGUCCUUGAUGAGCAUCAUUACCUCCUUUACUUCCUCAUCACCGCCAUGUACCCACGAUUCCUCGUGACACUCGACGAGGACCUGCAGCCUCUCACAGUGAAUGUUCGUGUUGGACAGGCUGUGGAUGUUGUCGGACAGGCCGGACGCCCCAAGACGAUCACUGGCUGGCAAACGCAAAGUACUCCGGUCCUUCUGGCGUACGGCGAGAGAGCUGAGCUUGAAGACGAACAGUACAUCCCCCUCAGCAGCACAUUGGAAGGCUUAGUCAUUUUGCGCAAGAAUCCUAACUAUGAGGCUCCUGCUUAA